CAACUUCAUUAUCAUGGUAAUUGAAUAUGGCACGGGAUAUUAUAAUAGUACACCUCUUGUGAGGUGUGUUAAGCCUAUGAACCCUUCUGAAUUGAAGAAAAUAAACAAAUACUUUUUUUCCUGUAUUUUGAUUAGCUCUUUUGUCUGUCAAAAGUAGAAUACAAAUAGUUUUACUUUUUGUGUGGUAUAAUCGAAUUUUAAUAAUAUUAAUGUGUCAUUUUGUCCUCUGCUGUUCAGCAGUGAAAAUCAAACUCAAGUACACUGUUAAAAAUACCUUUAUAGAGGUAAUUUUUUAAUGGUAGUCAAUCUCCAUGUUUUGUGGUGCACUUGCUAUUUGAUUUUCUUCAUUAAAUAUAUAUUCUAGUUUGACAGAAAGCACACUGUAAAUUGACUGUAAUUGGCACUAGCAUUGUAACCUCUCAUCUCUGCACCUAAUUGCUUCUUUCUUUUCACUUUGUGUAUCAUUAUGCUGAAGUCUUUUUCCCUUCAAAUAUAAGCAGAUUAUUGACUUUUUGGCCUAAUUAUCAUAUGGUUACGUAGAAUAAAUAUUUGUUGAUGGCAGUGUACCAAAGAAUAACUAGUAAUGUUGAGCAUCCACAGCAAAGAUUAGCCUUGAUUUGCAUUGAUGCCAGUGAACACAGUCUACGUGCGUUUGAAUUCUAUUAUUAUAAUGUCCACCAUGAAGGAGAUGCAGUUGGUCUAGUCCACAUUCAUACUGUUCCUGAUGCUCCAUCAUUAGGACUUUUUGGUGGUGGGAGAGCUGCUCUUAAGGUUUAUCUUUCCAAUGUUGAAGACAGUGUUGAUAGUAGCAAGGCUGUAAUAGAGAAAUUCAAACAUUUAUGUUCUGAAAAAGGGAUCAAUCCAAAAACAUUUGUCCAAAGCAUGCAAGAUUCAAUAGGGCAUUCCAUAUGUCAAAUAGCAAUGAAGGAAAAAGCUACACACAUUAUCAUUGGCCAACGUGGUCUGGGUAUGUUUCGACGAAAUCUACUGGGUAGUGUUAGUGAUUACGUUAUUCAUCAUUCAAAUAUACCAGUAACUAUAGUCACUAACCCUAAGAAUCUUAAAUAAUAAAUGUAAUGUUACCAGUUUAAUUUUUGUAUGAUAGACAUUGUUUUAUAUUUUAUAUAUUCAAAUGUUGAGGGUGACAUGAAUCUGCAGCAUGCUUAAAUUUGAUUCUGCCUAAUUUUUAUUUUCCAAAGGGCAAGAAUUGUUAUUUAAAAGUUUAUAGUUUUGUGCAUUUAAAAUUUCACUAAUAUUGUAGUUUAUAAAUUUUUGAAUUGUGGUUUUGUGAAAGUAUAUACUAUUUUAGGAGUGCAAUAUUUUAAAUCACAAUGAUAUGAAUUCUUUUGAUACUUUAUAAAAGACUGGCUUUAAAAAGUUACCUUCGUUGUAAGAACCGUUCAAUUUAAUAAGGGAUAAGAAUUUAAGAAAGCAUUGAUACUUAAAAUUAAUUAUGCAUGCUUGUCAUGAGGAAUGGCCUAAUCGCCAAUUUUACUACAUAUUCAAUUUAGAUUUAUUUUUAUACCUAUAUACUUUGGGGGGUUAUGCCUAAUAGAAGCAUUUUCUGGUGUUUGGGACUUUAUUUCAAAACCUUAUCAUGUAUUUAUUACUACAUUGAGAGGAUAUUUAUUCUUAUGCUAUACAUAUAAACAUUUUAUGUUUUUUAAAAGAUUAUUUUUUAUAUUUUUAUGUAUUGUUCAUUUAUUAAGGAUAUGGUAACCUUUUUUUACUUAUUCAGUAUAGAUCUUCACCGCUUUGCUCCAUUUUUUUGAAAAAACUGCUUCAAAAAUUAUGUAAUUUUUUCUCUCAAUUUUUAUAAAAGUUUGUUGAUUUUUUUUUCUUUGAUGUAUUUGCUGCCAUUAUCUAAAGUCUUAUUUCUUAUUUCUCAUUUUUAUUUUUAUUUUAAAAUUAUCCCACUUCCUUAUUUAUUUUUAUUUUAAGUUAUACCAAACAUUUUAUGAAAUAAUAUGUAAAAAAAUGGAUAAAAAGGGGUAACCAUAUUCUUAUGCAGUUCAGAAAUUUUUUAUUGAUACAGUUUUACUUAAAAAGUUUUCUUUUACAUAAUAUUUUUAUAUUUACUGUUUUAAUCUUCCUAUAUUCCUAAUUUAGGUGAAGUAUUUCUUCAGUUUUAUUCAUUUUAAGUACAUUAAGCCCAUGUAAACCUAAAUCAACCGAUUGACUGAUUAAAUUAAGGCUUGUGUAAAAACAUUUAAUAAAUCUUUGAUGGCCUCUGAA